AUGUCUGGAAGUGUUGAUGCUCUUUUGUCGUCAGUACUUGAGUACAAUGUCUACAUAAGCUUUUACUCCCGACACACCACCAUUACCCCACCACCACUUCAACCUCCACUUCAAACCUACGAGUACCAAGGGACCUAUAGCUACGAGGAGCUGCGAGUACAGCUACAUCAAAGCUACAGCCACAGUCCAUACAUAACAUCAAUCCCUUCUUCCCCACUGGCCAUGGCCUCAACGCGCAAAAGGGCUUCGAGCAAUGCAGCCAGAGCCGCCUCCGCCUCCCACCAGAAAGCAGUCACAAUCCCUACCUAUGUGCCCAAGUCAACACACGUAUCCGACUCGGCUCUCCAACCCUUUCUCAACCCCAACUUUGACCCCGCCGAAUACCUCAACUCCACUCUUCCCUCUCUGCACACAUCCAGUGUCUCUCAACCCUCAAAAGGCAGCGCGCCGCUUGGAGAACUUUACAUCCAAACCCAGACCCUUCUGUCCCAGCUCAGUGCGAAUACUACCAGACUCACCACCACCCUCACCCAAUUGACCGAUGAGAUUCUUCGAAGUGGGAGUCGCCUGGCAUACGAGGUCGAGGUUUUACGGGGGGAGACAUUGGGGUUAUCAGAGGCCUUGACCGAGGGCCUGCAUGAAGAUGUGGCCAAGUUUGUGCCUACUGGACUGGAGCAAGACCUGGUGCGCAAACAACCCAAGUCAAUCGAAGUCAAUGCCAGUGGGCACACCAGAAGGGCAUCAACAGCGGCAGCCCCCAAGACCCCCGUCAAAGAAGAUUUGCCUUCUCUCGUGGAUCCGCCAUACAUCACACAACUACGCACUCUCACACUGGUACGCUCACGGCUCGAUACGGUGAUAAAGACGUUUGGCGAAGCCAUGGCUUGGACAUUCCCACCCUCAGAGGUUUCCGUAACUUCUUCCUUCUUGUCUGUCUCGGCUCCUGAGCCUGGCUCGGAAAUUCAUAGUACAGAGGAGAAAGGGCAACAAGUGUCGAAGAAGUUGCGGGAAGAGAUUGCGGAUCUGUUGAUUGGAGGUGACCCGAUUGAUGGGACUGAGGCUGCUGCAAAAAGAGUUGAAGAGCUCAAAGAUCUAGCCAUCGUAUGGAAGGGGACCGCGGAAGAAAGGGCAAGAGUAAAAUUUGUAGAAAGUUUAGCAAAAUUGGUCGAAGAUAGGCACCGCGAAUUAUUAAGAGAUGCCGAGCAGGGCUCACGCCUAAGUCAGCGAGUAGAAUCGCUACAAGAGGAAGAGUCAGAAACCACCGAGGGCGAGACCAUGUUCCAGGGCGGUUACGGAUUCCUCAGUCAGUUGCAAAAGCUUAGAGGUGCUUGA